AUGUAUAUAUGUUUUGUGCCACUGAACUGGAACUUGAAGUCACUCUGCUUCCAGGCGGCAUUAGGGCACCUGCCGCGGCUGCUACCACCUGUGACAGCUGCCCCCAAACAGUGUGGCCAUACUGCCUUUAUACAUUUUGGCUACAAAGGCUGCUGGCAGUCCAGAUCAGUGGGAGUUUCUGGUGAAACCGGAAGUCCCUAUACGAGCUCCACCUGCCACGAUUGGAGCUUGCCCACUGAAACGAUGAGCGCAGCCAAGAAAAACCCUAUGAAAGAUGGCGGGGCAGCUCCCGUCGACAACGAGGAGGACUUUCAGUAUGAAGAAGUUUCUCUGGAAGAUGACUGGAGUCUGGCAGAGGGGGAAGAAGAUUUAGAAGCGACGUUAAAAGCCAUUCAAACCAAGGCAGAGGCCAAAGCUCGGCCCGUCGCUUCUGGCAACACACGCCGACCGGAAGGCGUGGAUGACUUUUUACGCAACUUCCUCCUUCACGCAGGUAUGACCCAAACCCUCGAGUGUUUCCAGAACGAGUGGAACGAGAUGGAGAUGAAGGGGCUGGUGGACGUCGGGCGGGUCGGCGCGGUGCCCGACGUCUACACCGACAACCAGCGGCUGGACACGGAGCUGAAACACGCCCGGCGGGAGAGGAACGAGUACAGGGGGGAGGCCACCGCGUUGGCUCAGGCCCUGGUGACGGCCCAGAGAGCCAGGGACCUCCAGCGGCUGCAGCUCACGCGUCUUCUGCAGGAGAAAACCCGGCUGGUGGCGGACAUGAGGAUGCUCAAGGUUCAGUGUGAAAGUUACGAGCCUGCGUUGCAGAAGAUGAACGAGAAGUACCAGGCGGUUUUAAAGACUUUUCAGAGGGACAAGGUGAAGUCGGCUCAGCACAUGGGGUCAAAGUGA